AUGCAACGGGGCAUAGAUGAAGUAGCCACCUACCUGGCAGAGGUGGGAAUGGAAGCGUCAUCAGAGAAAACGCAAUAUAUGAUGGUCGCUCGCCCUAGGGACCACAGAAAAGGAAUAGCAGGCUCAGUACGGCUAGAACUCAAUGGACAAGAAGUCGGCAAAACGCCACAUAUCAGAAUCCUUGGAGUCACCUUCGAGCAGACGGCAAGAAGCACAAGAUGGUUCCCGGAGAUGGAAAAGGCGUGGGCUCAGGGUCUCAAGCUCAUAAAGAAAACAACAAGCAAGUCCUGGGGAGCAGAUGAAAAGGCUCUGCGUAUCCUCACAGAGGCCCUUCUCACGUCACGAGCACUGUACAGUUGCAACUGGCUGAAUCUCAACCAGGCGCAGUGGAAGAAACUCGAGAGACUUAACAACCAAUCCAGGCGAGUAGUCACGGGCCUUCCCAAAUACACGCCACUCGAAAUGCUAGAAAGGGAAGCACAAAUGAACAACAUAAAAGACAGGGCCGAAACCCAAGCAAUCGCUCAGUUUCAAAGGCUAGAGCGCACUAAACAUGGACGUAGAUUCCUGCAAGACCUGGGAUACGAGACAAGCAACAAGCCGCCAUUGGAAGAGGCGCUACCUCCGUGGCAGGACGAGAUGAUAACGGAUCAUCGGCCUCUACCUCAAGUUCUCAACCAAGGGAAGAGGGCUAGAGCCGCUAAGAUGCACGCGGCUUGGUGCGAAACACAUGCGCCAAACGAAGAAGUACGGUACACCGACGCCGCAAAGAACGGUGACAAAGUGACAUCUGCAUGGCACGACGCAAGGAGAGGCAGGACACAAACCGAAUCGCUACCGUCGGGCACGACGGUGAGGGAGGCCGAAUUGAGGGCGAUAUUGGCGGCGGCCCAGGACAUCACAGGAAAGAGCGCGACGGCACCUCACGCCAGAAUUUUUACAGACUCGCAAGCAGCGAUUAACGCUACACGCAGCAGCAGACCAAAGGGCCGAACAAUAAAAAAGAUUAAGAAAGUGUCGACGGAGCUUCGCAUACGUGGCACCGACCUGCACAUCACAUGGCUUCCCGGG